UAAUGUUACAGCAACAUAUAGAGAGCAGCAUGUACAGGUAGUAGUCAGACACAGAGUAGCGGUAUCAGCAAUCAGGAAACAGAAGGAUGAAGAGCCGAGGACUUAGGCACUUAACCAAAAGAAACGGUAAGCUUGCUGACUGACCAGACGCAGAUUUAUCAGAGCUGCUGAAAUGCGGAAACAAACAGGAACUAGUAGCACAGGACGGGAACACGAAGUCAAAAAGACAGUAAACUCAGGACAUGAACACAUAAUGCUAACCGGGUAGCGUAGCAUAAACGUAAGGUAACGGUAUAGUAUGAGCCAGCAAAGAGGCGGCGGAAGACAGGGUGUAUAUAUACCUGACAGGACCGGGAGAGAAUGAGCAGCAGGUGGGGGAAAUGAUGGCUGAUUGCAGAGAGAAACCGCAGGGGACAGGACCGGGAGAUAACAAGCAACAGAUGAAGCUACCUGGCGUUUCGAGAGGUGAGAGGCCCCCUCCAAAACCACUCCCUCAAGGGCCCCAUUUUCUGAUACAGGUGCCCUCUGUGAGCGGUGGCACUUCACACUUUGAAACCCACUUUGAAGCCCCAACUCUUGUAGACCUCAGGAGUGAUGCUGGUCAGCGGCAGGCUGAGAGACAUGAAGACGAUGGCCCUGAUUCUGGCAGCCCUCCUGCUCCCCAGCAUCCAAGCAGUUUGUCCAGAUAAGGAGCCAGGACUGCAGCCAUGGAUGCCAGGACAUAGUGAAGAUCAUCAUGUUACAAUCGGUUAUGGCAAGAAGAUCCUCCUCGCAGCUUCAGCUACAGUCCACUCAAUUGAGAUUCUCAAUGGUGGGAAGCUGGUGAUUGCUGACACCAACAGACCCAUACUGCUCCGAACUAAACACAUUCUGAUUGGGAACAAAGGGGAGCUACACAUUGGAAGCCCAGACUGUCCUUAUAAAGGCAACCUCACCAUCUCCCUGUUUGGAAGAUUGGAUGACAGUGAUCAGGAACAUAGCUACUUUGGGAGGAAGUACAUUGGUGUGGGGACAGGAGGGACACUAGAGAUCCACGGAGAAAAGAAGCUGUCAUGGACAUUCCUAAACAAGACCCUCCACCCUGGAGAAAGCAACGAAAACACCUACUUCUUUCAGAGGAGCUGGGGCAACAGAGGCAUCAUCAUCCACGUCAUUGACCCCAAGACUGGAGAGGUGCUGCACAAUGACAGGUUUGACACUUACCGCAGUAAGGAUGAGAGUCGUCGCCUUGCAAAGUAUGUUGAUGGCGUGAAAGCGGGGCUCAUACUGGCCAUGGUGGUCAAUGAUGAGGGCUCCAACAACUUGGAAGACUCAGCCAAAAUGAGCCUCUCCAGGCUGGGCAGCCGGCACAUAAACAGUCUGGGAUUUCGGCAUCCCUGGACCUUUAUAGUGACAAAAGGUGAUGUUUCCUCUGUUGUGGAGGAUCACGCUGUUUAUCAGGGAAUGAAAGCCUCCUCAGAGGCCCGGAACUCGCAUGUUUUUCGGUCGAGUUAUGGGGAGCAUUUCACCAUUACCACAAGCAGCCAGUGGGUGCAAGAGGCAGAGUGGACAGAAUGGUUCAACAGAGAUGAUGAGAGAGGAUCUGGAGACUGGGAGAAGCUGUCCGACCUCCACGAGGCCUAUCCUGAUCGACUGUGUAGCAGUCCACUGGACAUCCAGGCUGAAACCCAGGAUGGCAUACAGGCCAACCAGACAGGAGAUGUGAUCCGCAACAAUGACAAGGACUACGGCUUUGUCUGCCUCAACAAGGACCAGGUUCAUGGCCUCUGUCACAACUACAGGGUUCGCUUUCUCUGUGGGAAAUUGGUUCGUCCACAGGCAUCCAUUUCCAUUGACAUGCUGUCUAAUAGUAGCAUCCUAGAGCUCACAGACCAACCAGAGGGCUGGAGAUCUGGAGAUCGGGUGGUGGUGGCCAGUACAGACUACUCGAUGUACCAAUCUGAAGAGUUUAUCCUCUUGCCCUGCCCUACCUGCACACCCAACCAGGUCAAGGUCCAAGGUAAGGCUGAGUUCAUCCAUAUGGGUGAGGAGGUGGACGGGGUGGAUAUGAGGGCAGAGGUGGGCCUGCUGAGUCGUAACAUCCUGUUCCAUGGCGAGAUGGAGCCUGGCUGCUAUGGCAAUGAAGCCUACAAUUUCUUUGACUUUGACACAUUCGGUGGACAUUUGAAGGUUGAGCGGGGCUUCAGGGCAGUGCAUAUAUCUGGGCUGGAGUUACAGCACAUGGGCCAGCAGACAAUGGGACACUAUCCAGUCCAUUUCCAUAUGAAUGGAGAUGUGGAUGAGAGGGGAGGCUACGACCCCCCCACCUCCGUCAGCGAUCUGUCUAUCCACCAUUCCUUCUCCCGCUGCGUAACCAUCCAUGGCACCAAUGGACUGCUGGUAAAGGACGUGGUGGGCUAUGAUACACUAGGCCACUGUUUCUUCACAGAAGAUGGUCCUGAAGAGAGGAACACGUUUGACCACUGUCUGGGUCUGAUGGUGCGAGCUGGGACCCUGCUGCCGUCAGACAGAGACGGCAAAAUGUGUCGUGACAUCACCGAGGGAGCUUACCCAGGAUAUGUGGCCAACCCACGUCAAGACUGCAGUGCAACUUCAACUUUCUGGAUCGCCAACCCCAAUAACAACCUCAUCAGCUGUGCUGCUGCAGGCUCAGAGGAAACAGGUUUCUGGUUCAUCUUCCACCAUGUGCCCACCGGCCCCUCAGAGGGGCUGUACUCUCCCGGACACACUGAACACAUACCUAUGGGUCGGUUCAUCAACAACAGAGCCCAUUCGAACUACAGGGCUGGAAUGAUCCUCGAUAAUGGAGUAAAGACAACCCAGGCUAAUGACAAGGACAAGAGACCCUUCUUGUCUCUGAUUGGAGCCAGGUAUGGUCCCCACCAGGAUGCUGACCCACUCAAGCCCAGAGUCCCUGCUCUUAUCCAUCACUUUGUAGCCUAUAAGAACCAGGACCACGGAGCCUGGCUGAGAGGAGGGGAUGUCUGGCUGGAUGACUGCCAAUUUGCUGAUAAUGGCAUUGGCCUCACUCUGGCAAGUGGAGGGACGUUUCCCAAUGAUGACGGCUCACGGCAGCAAGUGAAGAACUCCCUGUUUGUGGGUGAAAGUGACAAUCGUGGGAUGCCCCUCCCUGACAACCGGAUCUGGGGCCCCGGGGGUUCUGACCUCACUGGCAGGACCCUGCCACGUGGCAUUGAUUUUCCCAUUCGGGGCAUGCAGAUCUAUGACGGGCCCAUUAAUGUGCAGAACUGUACGUUUCGCAAAUACACAGCACUGGAUGGACGGCAUACCAGCGCCUUUGGCUUCAGGCUCAACAACUCGUGGCAGAGCUGCCCGAACAACAACGUCACUGGCAUCACCUUUGAGCAUGUACCAAUCACGUCUCGGGUGUUUUUUGGGGAGUCUGGCCCUUGGUUUAAUAACAUGCAGAUGGAUGGGGACAAAACAACUGUCUUCCAUGAUAUCGAUGGCUCGGUCAGUGAAUAUCCUGGAGCCUUCCUAGUUAAAGAGGACAACUGGCUGCUCCGUCACCCCGACUGCAUUGACGUGCCUGAUUGGAAGGCUGCUAUCUGCAGUGGCCACUAUGCACAGAUCUAUGUCCAGAUCCGUAACCCUGCCAACUUGAAUAUGCACAUAGUGAGGAAUGAGUACCCUGAUCGACCCUUAACAUUAGAAGGUGCCCUGGGGAAGAGGAAACACUACCAGCAGUUCCAGCCAGUGAUCACACUGGCCAAAGGCUACACUGUCCACUGGGACCAGGCAGCACCCGCUGAUGUCACCGUCUGGCUCAUCAACUUCAACAAAAAUGACUGGAUCAGCGUGGGCCUCUGCUACCCACAAAGCACCAACUUCACUAUCAUCUCUGACAUCCACAAUCACCUGACAAAACAAACUCGCAAGACCGGCAUCUUCAUGAGGACAGCACAGAAGGAGAAGGUCAACCACUCCCACUUGUCCAGAGGAUACUACUACUGGGAGGAAGACACUGGUCUGCUCUUCCUGAGGAUACAGGCCCAUAAUGACAAGGAGCAGUAUGCCUUCUGCUCUGUCAAGGGUUGUGAGAGAGUGAAGAUCAUAGCCAUCAUCCCUGAAGGCAGUCCACCCAGCAACUGCAUGGCCCAGGCCUACCCCAGAUACGCUGAGCUGCCCAUAGUGGAUGUACCCAUGCCCAGAAAGAUACCUAACACCAAGCUGCAUACACCAGAACAAUUCCUGGAGGUCAAACUGGAGUCCUACAACACUCGCUUCUUCCACAUCAAGGAGGACUUUUCUUUUACUGAGGUGAAUGGCAGGAAGUUGUACCAACCAGAAGAUGGAGUGCAGCUGACUGUGAUUGAUGGGCAUGAUGGGAAAGUGGUGGAGAGCAAAAACUUCAGGAACUCUAUCCUACAGGGCAUCCCUACACAGAUAGACAACUACAUCAGUGGACUGAGAGAUGACACCAUCAUCCUCAUGACGUCUAAGGGCCGUUUGGUUACCAAAGGAUCCUGGACUAAAGUCCUGGAGAGACUUGGUGCAGACAAAAACAUCAAAUUGAAAGAUAAGCUGGCAUUUGUGGGGUUCAAGGGCUCAUUCCACCCAGACUGGGUCCAUCUGGAGGUGGACGUUGACCGUGCCAAGAUCCAUCAGGUCCUGCCUAUCCCUGUGGUGCAAAAGAUGAAGCUAUAAAUGGCAGGCAAAGUGGUGAUGACAGCCAAGAAACUAUGUAGUCCCCAGAUACUGACACACAUUCCCCUCCAAAAAAUAUACAUGCAUAGACACACACUCAUACACACACUACCAGCACUGCAGAGUCAGUUGCUCCAAGCCAUUGGAGGUUUUUCUAGGUUUGACUGUGAGAAAUAACGAUGUGAUUUGGUUGGUUCAGAAGGGUAGGACCCUCUUCCAGAGCCAGCACUGGCCAUCAUGAACUAUAAAUCUAUACAACACCCACCAUCAAUAGAGCGAUUUAAAGUGACAACACAGCACAAUCCUCUGGUGGCCAUAUCAGCUCUUUGGCAACUGUGGCUCAAAACAGCAGAUGGUGUUUGCAGAAAUGUAUCUGUCUCCACAACCAUCAAUAGAUGAGUGAUAUUGGUUUUAUCAUUGCAUCACUCACAUCCUUGUUUACACAAUGUCAGGGUGUCAGCUAAAGUAACUAGUGGAUUUGGUCAGCUGUUGUGCUGUGAAAAUGUUACUUGCACAAGCUAACAGGGACAUUAACUUAGUUUUAUGUCAGCAAUAAUUUUGGUCUGUUUGCUAAAUCAUUCAGAAGGCUUGUUAACUCAGAAAGCCAAGAACCAUAAUUGACUUUUCUCUUACUGCCCCCUAGUGGAGCUUAGAAACUAAAGACAGUUCAGUCUUUGAUCAUUUGUACAGUAUGUUAUCUGCACCCAAAUUGACCUUUCUCUUGGUUUAUCCCAGCACACUGCCAUCUACAGAAAGAUAGGUCCUCUUUGGUGUAACUGUUAGAUGACAAUGUUGGACAGUGCUGUUACAAGAUGAUUAAAAAGAGCUUGAGAGAGACAUUGAAAGGUUUACUUUCACUCCUCCACACUGGCAAACCACUAGUUUAAUUGUCAGUAUCAUUUUACAAAGUUACAAACAAAGGCCAAUUUCAGCCUUGGUUAGGUGUGGGUAGGGUUAGGGAGUUUCCAUUAAAUUCUUUUGAAGCAUACUGACCCCUCAGAUUACACCAUUAGAUGAUACUGAUUUGACAAUGGACACCAAUUGUAGCUGGCAUACUUAUCAUCCAUUAAGUGUAUGGCCAUCCCUUUUAUUUGCUGCCUUGGCAAGGUAUCAGAUGGAAUCUUUUUCUGACCAUUUUUUUUUUCUUGCUCCCAGUCAAAAAGAGAGAGUACUGGCAUUUCACUUGUGUAUGAUUGGGAGUGACAGGCCCUCUUGGACACAAUGGUUCCUACUGGGUGCCACUUUGCCGGCUGUGAAUGUUGCCUCUGGUUUACCCAGCAGGGCUUAUAACCAGGAGUGGACAUUCAUUUAGUGUGAACUCUAAAAUGCAGCUAGGGUAAACUUAAAAAUAAAUGAGUUUGUAAGUACUGUCUAACAACAUCUGAAGUGUGCAUAGUUGUUCCAAAUGAAACCACUUAAAAGUGCAACAAAAAGCCUCUCAUCGUGGAGAGCGCAGCACAAGGAAUAAUGAUGCACACUAAAGGAAUGAAUGGUGUUGCAUUGGAUUGUUGUCGUGAUACGUCAUGGAACAAUUUGUGAAGAAUGCAAAAAGAUAGCAAGUUCAAACCCAGUUAAUGCGUGGCUGCACGGCAUGAGGUUUGACGACCUGACAAGUAUGUUGUCCGUGCAGAUUCUCAGUCAUCCAGGUCAUAGUAAGCUAAAAACAUCAACCAGACUAGGUU